AUGUCGAACAUAUACAACACAGAGCCGCCGACAACGGCGCGCUGCAUCAUGGCCACGACGGCCGGCGACCUCGAGCUUGAGCUCUGGGCCAAGGAAUGUCCGCUGGCGUGCCGCAACUUCAUCCAGCUCUGCCUCGAGGGCUACUACGACGGCGUCGGCUUCCACCGCCUCGUGCCCGGCUUCAUCGUCCAGGGCGGCGACCCCUCGGGCAGCGGCACGGGCGGCGAGAGCAUCUACGGCGAGCCGUUCAUCGACGAGCCGCACCAGCGCCUGCGCUUCAGCCGCCGCGGCCUGCUGGCGUGUGCCAACGAGGGCGACCGCGACACGAACGGCAGCCAGUUCUUCUUCACGCUCGAUGCGACGCCUGAGCUGCAGUCGCGGCACACGCUCUUCGGGCGCAUCACCGGCCCGUCGAUCUACAAUCUGCUCUCGCUCGCCUCCGUCGAGGUGCUGCCGGGCACCGGCACGCCGGCCAACAUUCCGCGCGUGCUGGGCGUGCGCGUGCUCGAGGAGCCGUUUGGCGACAUCAAGCCGCGCAUCACGGCAGAGGAGAAGCGGGCACAGGAGAAGGCGCGCAAGGCGGCGCGGAGGGAGAGAAAGGAGAGAGAGGCCAAGAUCGGCGGUGUCAAGAACACGUCGCUGCUGUCUUUCGGCGAGGUGGAGGCGACGACUGAGACAUUCAAGGGCCCAAAGAGCAGCCACGACCUGCUGCCCGAGAUGCGC